AUGGCCAUCGUCCUAGGCAUCGGACUUGGGGUGGUGCUCCUUAUCGUGCUGAGUUUAAUUUUGACGAUUGUCAUCAACCGCAGGGAUCGGCGGUCAUUUCUACGCUCGAAGAAAGAUCCCGAUGAGCGCUUGCGGAGUUUGGAUGCUGUUGCUCCGAUUUGCACGCUUGAGAAGUGGUGGACUACCACGAAAGGGAAUCUCGGGCUUUCGGAGGCUGUUGACGGACAGUUUGUUUGGUAUGUUUCUUUUGAUCGCCUGCUGUCUGCUUGGAGCAAGUAG